AUGAGAGACGCAAUUCAAAUAGUUAUUGAAGCAAUGAAAUUUCGUGUCUGGAGGCUACUGGAAGGAAAUAAGCAAGCUGGAAGAACUAACCGCGGGGUACUAGAAGGAAAUCAGCGAGCUGGUAGAACUAACCGCGGGGUACUAGAAGGUAAUCAGCAAGCUGGUAGAACUAACCGCGGGGAACUAGAAGGAAAUCAGCAAGCUGGUAGAACUAACUGCAGGGUACUAGAAGGAGAUCAGCGAGCUGGUAGAAUUAAUCAUGGGGUAUUAGAAGGUAAUCAGCGAGCUGGUAGAACUAACCACGGGGUAGUAAAAGGUAAACAGCGAGCUGGUAAAACUAACCGCGGGGUACUAGAAGGAAAUAAGCAAACUGGUAGAACUAAUUGCGGGGUACUAGAAGGAAAUCAGCGAGCUGGUAGAAUUAACCGCGGGGUACUAGAAGGUAAUCAGCGAGCUAGUAGAACUAACUGCGGGGUACUAGAAGGUAAUCAGCGGGCUGGUAGAACUAACCGCGGGAUAUUAGAAGGAAAUCAGCAGGCUGGUAGAACUAACCGGGGGGUACUAGAAGGUAAUCAGCGAGCUGGUAGAACUAACCGCGGGGUAUAUAGAAGGUAA